AGUCACUAUGAGUGCGGCUUAGGCGUAACACGCCGUCCGAAUGGCGUUCAAGUGCCCGCUGGGUUUGAUCGCGCAAAUAUUCUAUAUUCGUAUAGCAAUAAAUUUUAAAAAUGAAAGUUAUACCUACUAAAUUUUAGUGCUUUGCGAUGACUCUUUGAGUGUUAUCGGUGUAACAAAUACAUUGAAUUUAUUUGUUUUUGUAAAAAAAUGUACAAGAGCUUACAAGAAGAGGGCGGAGUUUAUAUUCGCUAUUUAUGGUCAGAAAACAUACCUUUGUAACACAAGAAGAGGGAAUCACAAGCAUCAUGGUGGCCUACUGCGUUCCUGGUGGUCAAGAGUUCAGACGGAUUUAUGUUAAAGUUCAUGGUUAUAUUGCACUUAUUAUUUGUCUACUUGGCUCCGCUGCGAACUCCGUCAACAUUGCAGUACUAAGCCGCAAAGAGAUGGUUUCAUCAACCAACUCCAUCCUUACUGCUCUAGCUGUGGCUGAUCUCUUAGUAAUGCUCGAUUACAUUCCUUUAGCGCUACAUAUCUAUACGAAUAUUGGACCAGAAUUGCAUCGAAAUUCAUACGGCUGGGCAGUAUUUGUCUAUUUUCACUCGAUUUUCAGUCAAACUUUUCAUACAAUUUCAAUCUGGCUAACAAUUACACUUGCCGUGUGGCGGUAUAUCGCUAUCAAGUUUCCACAGAAGAAUAAAAUUCUCUGUAAUAAACAAAAUACGAGCAUUGCUAUAGCUGUGGCGUAUGUCGUGUGUCCAAUAAUGUGUCUUCCUAUUUAUUUUGCUAUGAAUAUACAAGAAAUCUCUGAUAGUGGCGAUGAUAGAAAUAAAACAGUCAACGUCAAUGAGAUUACAAAUAUAUCACAGAGUUAUGAUCCAAAAUACGCAAUAUCCAUGACCAGUAACGAAAAUUUAUUGACAGCAAUAUUUUGGAUCUACAGUGUUUUCCUAAAACUUAUCCCCUGUGUCGUGUUAUCAAUUUUAAGUGUGUGUCUUAUUUUGAAAAUGAAAUCCAGUGAUCGAAGAAGGCAAAAGCUUCUAAAAAAGUCAGCGAUCUCAACAAAUGAGGGCGAGAAAAUGCGGCUCAAUGAAGAUUCUGGAGGAAAAAGAGGUGGUGGGGGCGGCGGUGGAAGAACAGAUCGAACCACACGAAUGUUGGUUGCACUGCUGGGCUUAUUUCUAGCUACAGAGUUGCCACAAGCAUUGUUUGGGCUUCUGACUGCUAUAGCGCCUCACCUAUUUCAGGAAUGCUACUAUGCCUUUGGCGAGGUGAUGGACUUAAUGGCGCUAGUGGGAUCCGCUGUCAACUUCGUAUUGUACUGUAGUAUGAGUAGACAGUUUCGCAAUACUUUUAGAAGGCUAGGCCGGAAGUUACUGCCUUUGGGACGCCAAAGUUCAGAAUUUGGCAUAGUUAGAAAAACGUAGCGUUUACAGGCAGACACGCCUACUCUUAUAACAUAUCUAUAAUUUUAUUUUCGUAUUCAAAUUAUUAGCUGCUAAUAUUAUUUAUAUAAUUAUUAUGAUUGGGGUGUUUAUAUAGAAUUCUUAUUUGGUUAGGAUGCCUGCUAUAUACUUAUAAAAAAUAUGAUAAAUGAUAUGAUAAUGAAUAUAUUAUAAACAUAAAACGAUAGAAUAAACAUAAUGUUGUUUAUUCUGUUAUUCUAAUUAUUAUUUUUAAAGUGGGGCAGUUGCUGUUCUUUUUCUUAGAGUCUAGAGACGUGAUAUUCACUUGAACCAACAUAUAUUUAAGUAAAGAAAAAUAUUAUAACAGUUACUUUCGUAAAAUAUAUUUUGUCUCUUGUAAAUGUUAUCCCGUGUUCACAGCGUGUUUAAGAGAUGACAAGAGACAUGCUAAAAUUAAUUUGAAAUACUCUUCACUCGUUUGUUCGAAACUGCUUGAUCAUUAUCGUGAAGGCUGGAUAGUUACUGAUAAAUUUUAAAAUGGAACCUUUAUUAUACAGAUACGUUUGUUAUGAAAAAAAAAACUUUUUUUUGUGAGAAUACGGUGGGAAUUCAUUUGCUGCAGUAGAGUUUAGAUCGAAGUAAUUUUCGAGCUAUGAUUGAAUGUCCUCCAGGCCGAAUUUCGGUCUGUGCGGCAAGUCUUAAUGGAAACAAGCCAUCUGUUCAGGACAGGAUUAUUAUGUAUAAGUGCGUGAGCAAGCACAAGUGCACUUUCUUUUCUUUACUCCCUCACUACGACAGUGAGGGAGUAGAGAAGAAAAGUCAGAGAUACGGCGUUGAAACACUGCCAACUUCCUGACUAGAGGCUGAUACUGAGAUUUUCUAGAAAUCGAAUCCAAAAACCCAAUGUGGCAAUCAGAUUAUAGGAUCAUAGUUCAAUAUUGCAUCUUUUGUACAAUACAAUACAAUUUUGUAAUGGUAAGUAUUAAUUUGUAGGUAUUAAAUGUAAGGAUCAUGUCAAAACUAACUAGAUACUCGAAAAUAAUAUUAGUAUGCUUUAUCACCGUAUCGAUCUUUUCAAAGUACUUGCCUUAAGCUCGCAAUAACUUUUCGUUCGACUAAAUCUCUUUAAAAAUACCUCUGACCACUUCUAUUUGGUCGUAGUAGCUUAUUCCCACGCUAAAGAAAGCACGUAAAGCCGUUGAUCCUGCGCCUGAUCUCUCUCUGGUUGUGUAGGAUUGCCAUCUCAGCAAAUUACGAGAAUGAUGGAAUAGAGAGAGCACCUGCGAUUACGAAAAUACAUGUGAACUGUAAUCCUGUUCUGUGCAGAUACUUUGUCCACAUUGAGCGGCCUGUUUCGUCCCUUGAACGAAUUACGGUCUGGAGGACAUUAUGUGACUAUUACAUGGAACAGGCCAUUGUUCAGCAAUUGGCUUUUGACAGGCUGUAAUGAAUGAUUCCUUGUAUUAUUUUAUUUUAGCAAUAAGCAACGAUGGGUAUACGUUAAUAAUAGGGCAAAAUCACAUAAUAAAAGGUCAUUAACUAAAAAAAUUACGUAUUUUAUUAAUUUGUUUUCAAAAUGUAUUUUAUAAGUGUUUCGAUAUUAUAAUCAUAAUAAGAAUUAACAACGAUUGCUGAUCACAGGAGUAUAGUAAGUGGUAUUUACAUUAGUUACCUUGUGUGAAAUUCUAGCGAAUGAAUAUAUUUAUAAACUUAUAAGACGGAUAAAUAAAUAGAAUCGAAUU